UGCCUCACCGAUCUGGACGUCCUGCUCCCGGGACAGUGAUCAUCCGUGCAGGGUCUCGGGUCUCCGGUCUGGGAGCAGGUCUUCCCCCUGCAGAUGUCAGCGUGCACUGACGCGAGCAAGAGAAACAACACCGCCGAUGACAACAUCUUGCAUCACCUUUGCAACACAACGACAGAAAAAAAAAUGCAGGGAAUCUCGCAUCACGCCCGAUUGCGUGCACGCCAGACCCACACUGAGCAAGCUGGCUCCCACUCCACCACCAUGUCAGGAUGUGAUGAUGGCAUUCCAGGAACUUCAUUAGCAUCAGGUUUCCACAGCCACGCGUUAACCCUUCGUCUGCUUUGCACUAGCAGCCCCUCUUUCUACUCCACAGUUAGCAAAGUCUACAUGUUGAGACAGCUGUCGGUCCUCAACCCUGGAGACGGCGGUGUUGCGCUGGUCUUGUCAACACGAGCGAGUCCUCUUGUGUGGACACGGCCAACAACUCGUCCAACUAUGGCACAAGGCUGGAAUGCAAAGCUUGCACCCGCUCUACUUUGUCUGCUUUUGUGGAACCAUGCUUGGAGGACAUGGACGACAUUGACGCUAUGUUCAGCGACCUGCUGGGGGAGAUGGACCUCCUGACCCAGAGUCUUGAACAAGAAGUAGGAACGCCUGCCCCCAUCCCCAACGCUAACCAGGAGGUCAACCUCUCCAUCGGUUUCACAGACCUUAAUGAGUCCCUCAAUGAGCUGGAGGACAACGACUUGGAUGCCCUCAUGGCCGACCUGGUGGCCGACCUCAGUGCCACCGAGGAGAAACUGGCGGCAGAAAUCCAGGGUCUCAAGGCACCGUCGCUGCCCCAGCCUCCGCCUCCACCUCAGGAGCCGAGCCCCCGCCCGCCAUCCUCCAUCAGCUCCAUUAGCAGCAACGUCAGCACACCCACCUCCUCCACCAGCUCACCUUUACCUCCUCCUCAGGCCGCUAAACCUUCUAUGGAGGAAAUUGAGGCCCAGAUAAAGGCAGAUAAAAUCAAGCUCGCUCUGGAGAAGCUCAAAGAAGCUAAAGUGAAAAAGCUGGUGGUGAAAGUCCGCAUGAACGACGGCAGCUCCAAGACGCUGAUGGUGGACGAGAGGCAAAGCGUCCGCAAGGUUCUGGACAACCUCUUUGAGAAGACGCACUGCGACUGCAACGUGGACUGGAGCUUGUGUGAGACCAACCCGGAGCUGCAACUGGAACGCACAUUUGAGGACCAUGAAAACCUGGUGGAACCCCUCUUAGCGUGGACCAGGGACAGUGAGAACCAAAUCCUCUUUCAAGAGAGGGAAGAAAAGUACGAGGUCUUCAAAAACCCCCAAACCUUCUACUUGUGGAAGAAGGACAAAAGGACAUUGAAAGACAUGAAAGACAAAGACAAGUCCAUAUUGAUCCAGGAGAACUUCUGCGGAACGUCCAUCAUCGUGCCGGACCUGGAGGGGGUGCUUCACCUCAAAGAGGACGGGAAGAAGUCGUGGAAGCAGCGACUCUUCCAGUUGAGAGCCUCUGGUAUUUAUUACGUACCCAAAGGCAAGACAAAGUCAUCGCGUGACCUGGUCUGCUUUGUGCAGUUUGACAAUGUCAACAUCUACUACGGCAAAGACUUCAAGGCCAAAUAUAAAGCACCUACGGACUUCUGCUUUGUACUCAAACAUCCCCAGAUCCAGAAGGACUCUCAAUACAUCAAGUACCUGUGUUGUGACGACGUUUGGACAAUGAACAUCUGGGUGACUGGAAUCCGCAUCGCAAAGUACGGUGCCUCUUUGUAUGAAAACUACAAAGCCGCAGAGAAGAAGGUGGCCAUGGGUUCCGUGUGGGCCAACCGCAGCGUUCCAUCAACACAAAAUGCAUCACCUAGCCAGGUGGCCAACGGGCAUGCUGUCAAUCAUCCAUCCAUUCCUCAGGUACACAGAGGAUGCAUUCAGACCUUUCAUGCACAUACAAAAUACAUUUCACUAAAAUGUCCCUGUCCUUCACAGGACAACAGUCUACCUGGACCACCUCCUCCUCCUCCGCCGCCGCCUCCUCCUCCUGCAGCCCACGUCGGCUUUCCUCCACCCCCACCCCCAGCCAUGACUUCCUCCAAACCUAUCCCCCAGCCACGACAUCUACCCACCAACUUCCCUCCUCCACCUGUGGACGACAAUUCCGAAGCCCCACCAGACUUCCUCCCGCCACCCCCUCCGGCACCUGGCUUUGGCUCCUUGCCACCACCCCCUCCCCCCCUCAGCACCCUGCCACCUCCCCCUCCCCCCCUCAGCACCCUGCCACCUCCCCCUCCCCCCCUCAGCACCCUGCCACCACCUCCUCCCCCCCUCACCACAAUGCCGCUUCCUCCGCCACCAGAGCCUGCCUUUUUACCGCCGCCACCUCCACUCACAGGAGCACUUCCGCCCCCUCCACCGCCACCUCCGUCGAUGUCCACUGCCCCACCAAGAGCACCACUGCGGCCUUCUGGGUCGGUGAAGAAGGUACCUCCUCCUCCACCAAAGCGGACUACACCUGCCCUGCAUGGAGGAGGAGGAGGAGGAGGAGACUUUAUGUCAGAACUGAUGCUCGCCAUGCAGAAGAAGAAGCACCAUUAGUUGAUGACCUGACAAUGUUUACAAUUUGUGCUUAGCAAUUAAACCUUCAAAGCUAAAAUGAUACGCAGUGGAAUUUAAACAUUUGUAAAGGUGUGUAAAUACUCUUACAAAAAAACAUUUGUAUAUAAUAUUCACUAAUUAAACAAUUUAACAAAAUCUAUUUUAAUGUGAAUUUGUUCUAGGAAAUAUUGAGAAGUAGCCUAGUAUAAGAAUAAUGUGUAGUUCUCUUACUUUGGCAUCUUGGUGCUGUGGUGGUAGGUUCCUUCAAGAUGAGCAGCUGACCUUUAACCUCUGAGCCCACCUUGGUGGCCUUGCUGCAUAGCCUGCUGCCUCUGCUGAGCUUUGAGUGAUGAAAGGCAAGGAGAGGAUGCGGUGCAGCAGCGCCACCUAGUGGACACAAUCAAGCUGUGACAUAAAAGGCUAAUUGAAAUGUGCUAUUGGGGGCGAAUGCUUACCUCUGAGAAAUCAUCCAUCUCUGCUUUCCUGAUGGCCGACUCUGCCAUCCAGUUCCUCAGCACGUAACGCGGGUUCACACCUGCAGGUACACGACAUUGUGUUUCGUUUGUCUUGUCACAGGAUCGCUUUAACAUCAUUUUACCUUUCAUCCUUGCUUGGCGCUUCGCAUCUUGGUCAUGUGACUGCCUGCCGAGGCGCUGCAGGUACAUGCUCAGCCAGUCUGCAAAGAGUCCAUGUGAAGAUAAGUCCUCCAGAGCCCAGGCCUGACAACACACCAGCACAAAUGUAUAUUUUAAAAAUCAUUCCAUCCACGCUAUUGGCUAUUAUUUCCAAUACUGAAAGAGUGGAGCACCUGUGUGAAGUUGCGGUCGUGGAGCUGCGGCGCUGAAGCCUCACUCAGCUGUCUGAAGGUCAAUGGAAAGUCGGCCUGCGUGUCUUCCAUCACCUGGACAACAUUGACAAACUACUCAGUUGUUUGCGUUGCACCAUCCUGACAGCUGUAUAAUAAUAAUAAUAGUAGU